ACCGACGGCGCUUGCAUGGUCUCCGUCUUCAACCUGGAUGGGGUCAAACACCACGUCAGGACCUGCAUCCCUGAGGCCAAACUGAUCCCUGCUGGGAAACCUUUCUACUGCCUGAGCUCUGAGGACCUGCGCAACACUCACUGCUGCUACUCUGACUUCUGCAACAAGAUUGAUCUGAUGGUUCCCAGCGGACACCUGAAAGAUAAUGAACCCCCAUCGAGCUGGGGUCCUGUGGAGCUGGUGGCAGUGAUUGCUGGCCCUGUCUUCCUGGUCUCUGUGGUCAUGAUCGUUGUGGUCUUCGUCUUUCAUCACCACCAACGAGUCUACCACAACCGCCAGCGGCUGGACAUGGAGGACCCCUCCUGUGAAAUGUGCCUCUCAAAGGACAAGACCCUGCAGGACCUGGUUUAUGAUCUCUCCACCUCUGGCUCUGGUUCAGGGCUGCCGCUGUUCGUGCAGCGCACUGUGGCUCGCACCAUCGUCCUGCAGGAGAUCAUCGGCAAAGGUCGCUUCGGGGAGGUGUGGCGUGGCAGGUGGCGUGGAGGGGAUGUGGCUGUCAAGAUCUUCUCCUCCCGGGAGGAACGUUCCUGGUUCAGGGAGGCAGAGAUCUACCAGACGGUGAUGCUGCGGCACGAGAACAUCCUGGGCUUCAUCGCUGCAGACAACAAAGAUAAUGGCACCUGGACCCAGCUGUGGCUUGUCUCUGACUACCAUGAGCAUGGAUCCCUCUUCGACUACCUGAACCGCUACACAGUGACCAUUGAGGGCAUGAUCAAGCUGGCCCUGUCUGCCGCCAGUGGCCUGGCACACCUCCACAUGGAGAUUGUGGGCACUCAGGGAAAGCCUGGAAUUGCUCACAGGGACUUGAAGUCCAAGAACAUCCUGGUGAAGAAGAAUGGCACCUGUGCCAUUGCUGACCUGGGCCUGGCCGUGCGGCACGACUCGGUGACGGACACCAUCGACAUUGCCCCCAACCAGAGGGUGGGCACCAAACGGUACAUGGCCCCUGAAGUCUUGGAUGAAACCAUCAACAUGAAGCAUUUUGACUCCUUUAAAUGUGCUGACAUCUACGCCUUGGGCUUGGUCUAUUGGGAGAUUGCUCGGAGGUGCAAUGCAGGAGGUAUCCAUGAGGAGUAUCAGCUUCCCUACUACGACUUGGUGCCCUCUGACCCAUCCAUUGAGGAGAUGAGGAAGGUUGUGUGUGACCAGAAACUGCGACCCAAUAUCCCCAACUGGUGGCAAAGCUACGAGGCUCUGCGGGUGAUGGGCAAGAUGAUGCGGGAGUGCUGGUAUGCCAAUGGCGCCGCGCGCCUCACCGCCCUGCGCAUCAAGAAAACCCUCUCACAGCUGAGUGUCCAGGAGGAUGUGAAAAUCUAG